CUCCUCCUCCUCCUCCUCCUCCUCCUCCUCCUCCUCCUCCUGGGCCAUGGCGGCGGCGCGGCGCGGCCCCGCGCCCACGUGGGACCAGCGCCACUCCCUCCGCCCGCCCCCGUACGUGGGCGCCAUGCGGCGGCAGCUGGAGGGGCUGGCCAUCGGGGACGCGGCCGUGGACGAGCUGCCCGACGCCGCCGUGGCGCCCUGCGCCGCCCACCGCGGCGCCGGCUCGGUCAUGGCCUGCGCUGGGACCCCGCCGCAGUCGCCGGAGCCCGGCUGGGUGGACUGGGACCUCGUCCGGCGCGGGCAGGCCCUGUGGCUGGAGAACCUCGGCCGGGCAUUCCUGGCGCUCACCGCCGCCCUCGUGCAGGGCUUCACCAUCGCCCGGUUUGCAGAGGUGCUUCACCACGCCGGCUACGCGCAGAGCCCCUUGAAUUCGAACCGGAGGCACCAGGGAAUAACUACCAGUGCCAAGUUGCAUGCAGUGGAAACCAUGCCAAGAAACACCCUGCGUGCAUCCAGGGUGCUCUGGGUUUCUUGGGUUUGGAUAUUUCUGCUAUGUAAAGCGCGACGCUCCC